AUGGGAACUGACAGCCUCUCGUUCCUACAGAUAACGGGCAUCCAAAAGUUUUUCUCUGAUAUUCGGACGGCAUGUAGGGAGGCAGUGGCGGUGAACCAGGUACUUCAGAUGCUCGUCGAGGAGAUGAACUCUGGCGGCGAGCUGAUGACGAUGGAUCAGCUGAAGGCUGCCGCAGACUACGGGAAAGAUAUUCGGCCUCAGGCAGCAGGACUGGCAACAGGCUCCGGCGCCGCCCUCGCCAUUAAAGCCAGCGGCGUGUUUAAAAACGGCCCGAUUUGGAAACCUGCGGCGGUGGUUCUCCGUACGCUCAAAGAAUUCGAGACAGCAGUCAGACGCGAAGGGUUCUGCGCCACCAUGUUCUCCCAAGAUGUGCCUUGUGUAAAUGUAGAAUUCACAGGUCAAUGCGUGACUCACGUCGCGGUGCGGAUUGCUAUGGCCGACGGCGACUCGAAGCUAUCUAGGCAGUUGAGAUCAGCGUACAAGAAGGCAGCGCCGCCGGGAAGCACUACACUCGAGAAUCUGUAG